CACAAAGAAAAAUGUUCCCAUUUCCUCGAUUCUCCUGUUUCUAAAGAAAGGGCUGUAGGUCUAUUUUAUAGGGAAAAGCUAUAGAGGACAGUCUUUGUCCUUUUUGGGAUAGCAUGUUCAUCCUGGGAACAGCACAACCUGUCUUGUCAUAUACUUGUUUAAUUCUAUUUUCCCUGAUUUUCUUAUAAAUCUCACUUAAUGUCUCUUUCUGCACAUUGACAAAGCAUAUAAAUGUGUACACUUCAAAGAAGCACAAUAUGUUCAGUGACACAGCUGAAUGCGUUCUUUAAGUUAUCCAGAAUUCAUUGCACAGCUUUCAUUUCAGCUUAUCAGCUAGUUCAUAUUUUGGACUUGGACAAAUGUACCGAAGAAUGAGGCUGAAUCCUUUCCCACCCAAGCAGCAUUGAAAUAGCUGUCAACAUUAUAUUAAAACUUUGCUACAGCCAAGCAAACUAAAAUCUUGACUGGCCAUUUCUUCUCUGGAAAAAUCAGUACCUUGUCUGUUAUCCCUGAAGGAGUCUUAUCAGCAUUUCUAGACAUUGUUGUCCACAGAUUCCAGCACAUUUAACAUUGCCAAUGUCUUAUCUCAUUGAGCACCAGCACAAAAUUAUAUCUAUAUUUCUGCACUAUGAACUCAUCCAUCCAUGGUGGGUUGAGGCAGUGUAGCAGAAAAGCAUGAAAAGUUUUGAUUUAGGUAAUAAGAUUAAUCACAAUCAGGCAACAAUAUCUUCAAUGGAUAACUUCACUGCAUCCUCCCUCUCUCCCUCCCUCCUUCCCUUCCUUCCUUCCUUGUUGAAUAUCUUAGUGCUAGAAAUAAAGCCUCAAGAAAUCAAGCAACUAGCCCAAGACUGCAGGAUGAAUUGACUGUAGAAACAACCUGAGUCACAAAAAGUUAUGCUGCAAACUAUUAUGGUUCCUUAAGAUACCACAGAUCUGUGGGAAGGAAGCAGUAGAAACUGUGCUGCCCUCGCAAUGUUGGUGCAAUUCCUAAGGAACACAGCUAAUGGUGAGGAAUACUGGGAUUUUCAGUUCAACAGUAUCUGAGGGACACACAGUUUUCACCCGUUCUAUUAGUAGUGGUAGUAAUAGUAGUAGUAGUAGUAGUAAAUAAAUAAAUAAACUUUAUUUGUAUCCCAUCCCAACUCCCAUCUGGGGACUCAGGAUGGCUUACAACAUGGAGGCAACAAUUUGAUAUUUUAUUUCGUCUAUAAUCUAAAUCUAUUAGCCCCAACUAGAGUAAACUCAUUGAAACAAUUAGUAUUUCCCAUUGUAGAUAAUGUACAUAUAUUCUAUUGAUUCAGUGGGUCUACUCUCAUUAGGAGGAAUGAAAUGAUUGAGACCUUUGUUGUUAUGAACUCCCAUGGCUCUCUUAAGAGUUUAAAGUUCAUCACUAGGCUGGCUUCCUGUUUGGUAAUUAUGAGAUCAUAAACCAGGCUUAUGAUCUCAUCACUUCUGGGAUUAAUGUUUUUAAGCAUGUAGAAUAACUGGGAACACAAAGGUGAUCUAAUAUAAAUUGCUGCCAUGCAGGAAUACUAACUAUCUAACUAUAUACUAACUAUAUUUACUAACUAUCCUUUGCAGUACAUACAGGAAACAAAGCAAAAUAAACAAAUACACAAAGAGGUGGUUUGUUGCAGUCUGCACAUAAAGUGCGUACAUAUUACUUAACUGUACAAAGAUCCCACUUGGCCACCACGCUCACCAAGAGAUGCAACAAAAGCAAAACAUUCCCAUCACAUGCACCAGCUGUGGCAUGUUCCGCUUUUUCACACAAAAACUAGACAACUACAUCUGCUCCAAAUGCAAACAGAUGACUCUGAUGGAGCAGAGGAUCCAACAGCUCGAGCACCGUAUUAAGACCCUUAAGGACAUUCAGGCACUCGAGCUCUUCUUGGACACUGCACAACACGCUGCUGUAGAUCAGCAGCCUGCAUCACACCAACACCACCAAGACCAUGAUCAGGAACCUUAUGGGGAGAUCAACUCAAAGGUAGACAACCCUCAGGCUUGGAAGGAGGUCACCCAUAGAAGGAGACGCAGGACCAGGCAGCCUCCGCAGAACUCCUCUGCUCAGCUGCAUUUACACAACAGAUUUGAAAUUCUUACAUCAUUAACAUACAAUCAGGAAACACAUCUUGUGGAGGACCACAGUUUCUUAGAUACCACUCAGUGGACCACCCUGGAUCAAUGCGCAGGGGAUAGCCCUGACGGGGACAGUGCAUCACCACAGUCACACUUAUGUAAUCAUGCAAAUGCUCCAUCCCCAAUCAUAGACCAGGAGCAACAGGAACAUCCUUGGGAGAGUAAUGGGCUCUCGGAUGUAUCUCAAUGGAUUGUCAUUGAUGAAUGCACUGGGGAUGUUGAGGAGGAGGACAACACUUUACACCUACAUGAUUCACUUCAACAGGAACACUCUUCAGGGGACAUACACACUGUCUUGCACAAAAGGGACCCUGUCAAUCCUCAAAGGAAACAGGUCUUGGUAGUAGGUGACUCCCUCCUUAGAGGAACGGAAGCCAUCAUUUCCAGACCGGAUGGGAUGGCUCGAGAAACAUGCUGCCUCCCGGGGGCAAAAAUACACCAUAUCACUCAGAGGCUCAGCAGGCUCCUAAAGCCCCAUCACCCUCCCCACCUUAUGUUGAUACAUGUAGGUACCAAUGACACCGCUAGGCAUACUUUUCAAAAGAUCACAAAUGAUUUUCGAGCUCUGGGAACAAAGCUAAAACUGUAUAAUGUACAUGUGAUCUUUUCAUCCCUCCUCCCUGUUGUAGGACACGGCUCUACAAGGGCCGGAAAAAUAGUACAGGUCAAUAACUGGCUCAGAAAAUGGUGUCAAGAGGAGCAUUUUGGCUUCCUUGACCAUGGUCUACUCUUCCAAGAGGAUGGACUACUGGCAAGCGAUGGGGUGCAUCUCACACAAGUAGGAAAACAUCUUUUUGCACACAGACUCACAAACCUCAUCAGGCGCACUUUAAACUAGAUCCACUGGGGGAGGGGAACAACAGCCUGGCGAACACUAUAUUACCCACGACCACAGGGAACCGCCGAAAGGCUAAACGGAGGGCUGCACAAACACAGCAAGGACCAAGUACAGAGAGCACAAUAAUCCCAAAUAAACAGUUCGAGGGGAGGGGAACAACAGCCUGGCGAACACUAUAUUACCCACAACCAUAGGGAACCG